AUGACUCGAUUCAGCAGUUCGAGGUCAAUAUACUUGGCAAAGAGGACAGAAGAGGACCGGAAACCACAACACCCAGGUCAGACCCACCUGGCGAGCCUCAAUCAUAUCCAGAUCCAUCAUCGCCGCCCCGAACCAAGAGUUGUGCCAGAAGUUCCGGCUCCAGUUGUGGUCAGAGAGACAGCUUCAGUCCCGAUCCUGCUGGCCACAAAUCCAACAGUGAAGAAGAUACACGAGGCUGCGGAGGCCUCCAUGUCGAGCACCAACGGAGCUUCAUACGAUGGCUCCUCGGGCCGAUCAUUUCCCCUGGUAACGGAAAAAUGGAUCAGGGACCACCCAGAGGAAGUCCAGCAAGCCAGAGAGGCUCAAGGAUACGAGAGUGAUGACGAUGACGAGAGUGUCGUGGAGGACUAUCAUGCCAAUCGGGACGGACUGAGUGGUACGGCUUAUCCACAAGUCUCCGGAGAGGGUGAUGCGACAACAGACACUCGAAACGGCGACAGCAAGCUUGGGAAGCUCAUGGAAAAAACCGGCGAGAAGUUGGGGAGCGACAGAUUAGCAGAAAAGGGCAGAAAAAAGCGCGCGGCCCAUCCGGUCUGA